UCACCCUCGACUAGAUCUACACCCAACAUUUGAACACAUAGUUCGUUGGGCUGUUGAACAUUUCCAGUCACAGGCUUACCAUCUAUUCGAAGACCCAAAAGCAUGUACACGUCCUCUAGUGUGACGGUACAUUCACCAGUUGGUAGGUGAAAAGUGUGUGUCUCUGGUCUCCAACGUUCACACAAAGCAAGAAUAGAUUUCACAUCAAUUGUGGCAUUUACCACAUGCAUAACAUGACCGAACCCCGCACGCUCUAUGUAAGGUACGCACCAUGGGUGUGGAUAAGCCAUAGGGUGUGAACGUUGACGAAAUUUCUUGGGAUCCUUUAAAAACAAACAAUAUAAACAAUCAUUAGAUUGGAGUUUUAAAAAAUAAAUUAUAAACAUACGAAAGAGGCAAUGUUCAAGAAAAACUUACGAAUGAGGCAAUGUUCGCCCUAGUGCCUCUGUGUUCUUGGCCCAUGGUAAGAAGAGACAUGAUUGCAAUGUAGAACAUAAGUUUGUUGAUGUAAAGUUCGCCGGUGUUCUCUUAAAAAAAGUGUUAGUGGAUGAUGAAAAUUUUCAAGAAUGACCUGCUAUUUAUAACCGUAUUCAAAUAGUAUGAAUAUGUAAAAAAAUUGGACACGUGUAAUGCAUGCAAAAAUUUGACACGUGUAACGCAUGCAAAGUUGGCUGAGAAUCUUGCAGGCUAGGUGGAGCUGCAUGCAUGUCUUCACAUAAGACACGUCUAUUGCAUGCAUCAGUAGGUCAGGAUAAGACAUGAACUCGCUACUCUAGGUGGCGAAUACAUUGAAGUCUUGUCUUGUCUGAGAAUCUUGCAGGCUAGGUGGAGCUGCAUGCAUGUAAUAAUUUUGACACGUCUACUGCAUGCAUCAGUAGGUCAGGAUAAGACAUGAACUCGCCACUCUAGGUGGCGAAUACAUUGAAGUCUUGUCUUGUCUAAGAAUCUUGCAGGCUAGGUGGAGCUGCAUGCAUGUAAUAAUUUUGACACGUCUACUGCAUGCAUCAAUAAGUCAGGAUAAGACAUGAACUCGCCACUCUAGGUGGCGAAUACAUUGAAGUCUUGUCCUGUCUGAGAAUCUUGCAGGCUAGGUGGAGCUGCAUGCAUGUAAUAAUUUUGACACGUCUAUUGCAUGCAUCAGUAGGUCAGGAUAAGACAUGAACUCGCCACUCUAGGUGGCGAAUACAUUGAAGUCUUGUUUUGUCUGAGAAUCUUGCAGGCUAGGUGGAGCUGCAUGCAUGUAAUAAUUUUGACACGUCUACUGCAUGCAUUAGUAGGUCAAGAUAAGACAUGAACUCGCCACUCUAGGUGGCGAAUACAUUGAAGUCUUGUCUUGUCUGAGAAUCUUGCAGGCUAGGUGGAGCUGGAUAGGCAUGCGUGAGAAUCUUGCAGGCUAGGUGGAUAUGACUUUGAUGGAUAGGCAUGCGUGAGAAUCUUGCAGGCUAGGUGGAUAGGUUAACAUGCAUUGGUACAAGUUAGGUUGCACUUGUCUUGUCUAGGGGAAGGCUUGGUGGAUGUGUUGCAUGAAAAAAUGUGACACGUCUAACGCAUGCAUCACAAUUGAAUCCCUAUAUGUAGGCAUGCGUGAGUACAAGUAUUCACACAAAUUUUCACACAUAUCUUCACAUAUCAUGGCAUCUUCAUCACAAUACAAAAUCAAAGCUCACGUGAAUGGUGAGACUUAUGAAUGUGAUAUGUCUGACUUCCUAUUUAGAAACACCGAUUGCACUCGUUUUUGUCUAAAUAGAGGAGCUGACUCUCUUAUCUGAAAAAAAAGAUUGAGUCCAAACUUAGACAACCUGUGUCCCAAAUUUUUUAUCAACAACCUUUUUUUCCUGAAAAUAACUCAGUCAGGUUUUAUAAGUCAUUGAUUCAAAAUGACAUGGAGGCACAAAACAUGUUCCGUAACCAUGACUAUUCUGGUUAUGAUUAUAUAGUGUUGUACAUUGUCUUGGAACAAUUUUAACCAACUCACAAUAUUCAGUCACAGGUUAUUGAUCCUGUGGUUGAUGACGAACAAGAUGUUGAACACCCCGUUGAAGACGAUGUGGUUGAUGAUACAGAAGACGUGGUUGAUGACUUGGUGAACCGUGAUUCCGAAGACGAAGACCAAGUACAAAUACCUAUAGAAAAUUUACGGUUAUAAAUAGCAGGUCAUUCUUGAAAAUUUUCAUCAUCCACUAACACUUUUUUUUCCAGAGAACACCGUCGAACUUUUCAUCAACAAACCUACGUUCUACAUUGCAAUCAUGUCUCUUCUUACCAUGGGCCAAGAACACAGAGGCACUAGGGCGAACAUUGUCUCAUUCGAUCCCAAGAAAUUUCGUCAACGUUCACACCCUAUGGCUUAUCCAGACCCAUGGUGCGUACCUUACAUAGAGCGUGCGGGGUUCGGUCAUGUUAUGCAUGUGGUAAAUGCCACAAUUGAUGUGAAAUCUAUUCUUGCUUUGUGUGAACGUUGGAGACCAGAGACACACACUUUUCACCUAUCAACUGGUGAAUGUACCGGCACACUAGAGGACGUGUACAUGCUUUUGGAUCUUCGAAUAGAUGGUAAGCCUGUGACUGGAAAUGUUCAACAGCCCAACGAACUAUGUGUUCAAAUGUUGGGCAUAGAUCUAGUCGAGGGUGAGGGAUCUGCGAAAGCAAGUCAUGGUAUUAAACUAUCGAGCCUCCAAUUCUACCACGACGCUAUAAUUUUGACUGAGGAUUCGUCCGAACAAGAAAAAAUAAUAAAAACAAGGUUUUACAUUAUGUUAUUAUUUGGGAACUUGCUAUUUCCCGAAGGCACGGGAAAUAGCAUAAACUUUAUGUACUUGAGUUUGCUCGAGGACAUAGAUAGAAUAAGCACGUAUAGUUGGGGUUCAACUGUAUUGGCUUUCCUAUAUAGCUCUUUGUGUAAAAAUGCACAAAAUGACCACGGUACAUUUUCUGGAUGUGCUUUUUUGCUCCAAACAUGGGGUGGUAAAGAUUGCCGAGGCUAGCCCCCGAAAAUCCUAACGUCUACUCCUUCCCCUACGCAACUAGGUAAAUUUAUGAUGUUAUUUCAUUUUGUAUAUUUAUUCUAUAAAUAUUUGUAAAUAAUAUUAUUUAUCUUUUUUUGUUUAGGUUCAUUGCAACUAGACUAGAUUACAGUCUUACCCUGAAAAAUAAAAUAAUAUUUUAUCGUCAACUCUUGGAUCGUCUCCGAGCACAAGAUGUAUUACCACUAAAUCAUUCAUCUUCUAACUAAUUUAUUAAUAUCAAACAUUCUUAAUAAAUAACAUAUUUAUUUUUUCUUUGCAAUUUAUUUGGAGACCAUCUUUGGGAUUGGAACAUCAACCCAACCCCGAAGAUGCAGCUGUUUGGACAGCAAAAACGGCUAUCAUGCGGUUCACCAUUGUGGAGAUGCACCAAAGUGACCUUGUCAAAUUGCAAUUUGGAAUGCAUCAAGAAAUCCCAGGCCCCCCAAUGUCUUUGGAACCUUGGCAUCUUAAAAAAGUCAGCCACCAGUGGUAUGUCCAAAAUUGGAAGGCAUUUGCAAAGGAGUUCCGUAAAAUGUGGAAAGAGCGUGCCCACUAUGUUCUACAAUUUCCGGUGGCGCCCAACGAAAUGAAGCCGACAAAGGAAUAUGUGGAUUGGUAUAGAGUAAAUACAAAUCCAAAAAUGAUUGUGUCUGACCCGUUCUAUUUGGACGAUCCCCGAAUGCAACAACCAUAUCUCCAACAACAACAACCACCACAAUAUUCCUAACAACAACAACGACCACAAUAUUACCAACAACAACAACCACCACCAUAUUACCAACAACAACAACCACCACCGUAUUACCAACAAUAACCACCACCACUGUAUUACCAACAACAACCACCACAACACAUGUCCACCCCCGACCAAAUCAACACUACAUACCACAAACUCAACCCCAAUAUCAUGAAGAUUACCAACACCAACCUCAACAUUCCCACCACCAUCAACAGUCCCAACACCUACCACAAACUCAAUCCCCCCACCAACACCAAUCCCAACACUUCCAUCACGACGAUGUCCCGGGUUGUUCCAUUCCCCCACUUAGCCCCGACACUGGUAUACAAAAGGAUUACCAACAAGACUACUACACACCACAACAAACAUUGUUCUUUAGUCAACCCGAUUCAACCCUCAACUACCAAAGGCCACAUUUCGAGGGCGCACCCAACAGGAGUCAGUUUGUCCCACCGAGACAAAGCUUUGAGGGUGCAGAGGGCACCUGCCUUUCCUACAACAUUGAAGGGACUUCGACCAAACCACAACGACAAAGGGCAAGGCGACGCGUUAGGACUAGGGGUGGGAAUAGGGAAGCACCACCACUACGUGAGCCGUCCAGACGAGUAGUUAGACCUCCCCCGUGCGGGUCGUACCAGAGACCGGAUAAU